UGCAGAGCCAGCCAGGCCGCCUGUUCCCACAGCCGGGAGCUGAGCGUGCUGCCAUGGCGCUGGCCGGGCCUGGGACCCCGGCCUCCAGGCCCCUGGCCUCCCUCCUGCUGCUGCUGCUGCUCUUGGCUCCUGUCCUCUCCCUGCUGGGUGGAACGGUGCCUUCCGAGCCCCCAAGUGUCUGUGACUCAGCACCAUGUGCUCCAGGGACCCAGUGCCAGGCUAUGGAGAAUGGUAGCUACUCCUGUGCGCCCACGGAGCCCCGGGGCUGUGCCACCCAGCCGUGCCACCACGGCGCUCUGUGCGUGCCCCAGGGUCCAGACCCCGACGGCUUCCGCUGCUACUGCGUGCCCGGGUUCCAGGGCCCACGCUGUGAGCUGGACAUCGAUGAGUGUGCAUCCCGGCCCUGCCACCACGGGGCCACCUGCCACAACCUGGCUGAUCGCUACGAGUGCCGCUGUCCCCUUGGCUACGAAGGGGUGACGUGCGAGGCGGAGGUGGACGAGUGUGCCUCGGCGCCCUGUCUGCACGGAGGCUCGUGCCUGGACGGCGUGGGCUCCUACCGCUGCGUGUGCGCGCCAGGCUACGGGGGUGCCAGCUGCCAGCUGGACCUGGACGAAUGCCACAGCCAGCCGUGCGCACAUGGGGGCCGGUGCCGCGACCUGGUCAACGGGUUCCGGUGCGACUGCGCGGACACGGGCUACGAGGGCGUGCGCUGCGAGCAGGAGGUGCUGGAGUGCGCUUCGGCGCCCUGCGCGAACAACGCGUCCUGCGUCGAGGGCCUUGGGAGCUUCCGCUGCCUCUGCUGGCCAGGCUACAGCGGCCAGCGGUGCGAGGUGGAUGAGGACGAGUGCGAGUCGGGCCCCUGCCAGCACGGGGGGCAGUGCCUGCAGCGCUCAGACCCGGCGCUCUACGGAGGCGUGCAGGCCACCUUCCCCGGCGCCUUCAGCUUCCGCCACGCUGCCGGCUUCCUGUGCCGCUGCGCUCCGGGCUUUGAGGGGGACGAAUGUGGCGUGGAUGUGGACGAGUGUGCCUCACAGCCGUGCCUCAAUGGAGGCCGCUGCCAGGACCUGCCCAACGGCUUCCAGUGCCACUGUCUGGAUGGCUACACAGGUGUGGCAUGUCAGGAAGAUGUGGACGAAUGCCUGUCGGAGCCCUGCCUCCACGGUGGGACGUGUGACGACACCGUGGCGGGCUACAUUUGCCAGUGCCCGGAGGCCUGGGGUGGGCAUGACUGUUCCGUGCGGCUCACCGGCUGCCAGGGCCACACCUGCCCACCGGCUGCCACCUGCAUCCCCAUCUUCAAGGCCGGCGUCCACAGUUACGCCUGCCGCUGCCCACCCGGUAGCCGUGGACCUUUCUGUGGCCAGAAUACCACCUUCUCUGUGGUGGCCGGGAGCCCUGUGCAGACAUCUGUGCCGGCUGGCGGCACCCGGGGUCUGGCACUGAGGUUUCGCACCACACUGCCUGCUGGUGCCUUGGCCGCUCGAACUGACACCCAGGACAGCUUAGAGCUGGCACUGGCGGGGGGCACACUUCAGGCCACCCUCUGGGACCACGGCAACACCACCGUGCUUACCCUGAAGCUGCCGGACCUGGCUUUAAAUGACGGGCGCUGGCACGAAGUGGAGGUUUCGCUGCGCCUGGCGGUCCUGGAGCUGCGGCUCUGGCACGAGGACUGUCCUGCUGGGCUCUGUGUGGCCUCCCGUCCUGUGGCCCCAGCUCCUGUGGCUUCCGAAGCACCGACGCCUGCUGGAUUCUGCUCCAUUCAGCUGGGUGGCAGAGCCUUUGAAGGCUGCCUGCAGGACGUGCACGUGGACGGGCACCUCGUGUUGCCCGAAGACCUCGGCAAGAAUGUCCUCUUGGGCUGCGAGCGCCGAGAGCAGUGUCAGCCUCCACCCUGUGCCCACGGAGGGGCCUGCGUGGACAUGUGGACUCACUUCCACUGCAGAUGCACCCGGCCCUAUAGCGGUCCUACCUGCGCUGAUGAGGUUCCUGCGGCCACCUUUGGCUUGGGGGGCACUCUGAGCUCUGCCUCCUUCUUGCUCUACCAGCUGCCAGGCCCCAACCUCACCGUGUCCUUUCUCCUCCGUACUCGGGAACCUGCUGGCCUGCUGCUCCAGCUUGCCAACGACUCAGUAGCUGGGCUAACGGUCUUCCUGAGCGAGGGCCAGGUCCAGGCUGAGGUGCUGGGCCAUCCUACUCUGGUGCUUCCUGGGCGCUGGGACGAUGGGCUCCGCCACCUGGUGACGCUCAGCUUCGGACCCAACCAGCUGCAGGGCUUGGGGCAGCGGGUGCACGUGGGUGGGAGGCUCCUCCCUGCUGACGCCCAGCCCUGGGGUGGGCCCUUCCGAGGCUGCCUCCAGGACCUGAGACUCAAUGACCUCCACCUCCCGUUCUUUCCGCUGCUGCUGGGUAACUCAAGCCAGCCUGGUGAGCUGGGCAGCAGGGAGUCCUGGAACCUCACCCUGGGCUGCGUCUCCGAGGACACAUGCAGUCCUGACCCCUGUCUCAAUGGUGGAAUUUGUCUCGUCACCUGGAAUGACUUCCACUGUACCUGCCCUGUUAACUUCACGGGGCCAACAUGUGCCCAGCAGCUGUGGUGUCCUGGCCAGCCCUGCCUCCCGCCUGCCACCUGUGAGGAGGUCCCUGAUGGCUUUGUCUGUGUGGCCGAAGCCACGUUCCGCGAGGGCCCCGCGGCUGCCUUCAGCGGGCACAAUGCAUCGUCGGGGGUGUCGCUCAGCGGCCUGUCGCUGGCCUUCCGCACGCGCGACUCCGAGGCCGGGCUGCUGCGCGCCUCCGCGGGCGGCCAGGAAGCCGUCUGGCUGGAAGUGCACAACGGGGGGUCGGGGCUGGGGGAACCCAGAGCUAGAUUUGGGAAGACAGCUUGGAGCCUCUCUGCCUGGCCACCCACCAUCGACGGACCUUCAUCCCCAUUAGUCCUGCGAGGAUGGCAGGGGCAGAGUGAGGUGGCUCGAGGCUUCGAUGCUUCCCCUCUUCUGUCUGGCUCAGGACGUGGAGGCUCAGGGGGACUGUGGUGGCCUGCGGUGGCCUUGGGGGCUGGGCCGGGGCCCCAGCGAGCUGCCCCCAGUGCAGCCUCUGUGCUUCUCCCCAGGUGGCCCAUCCUGCCAGAGGAAUGUGGGCUGAACCUCACCUGCCUCAGCGGCCCCUGUGAGGGGGGGCCCCCGGGGGCCAACUGCAGCUGCCAGGAGGGCUUUGCUGGCCAGAGGUGUCAGCUCCCCUGUGAGGCCAACCCCUGCUUGAAUGGCGGCACCUGCCGGGCGGCUGGAGGGCUAUACGAAUGUAUCUGCAGUGCGAGGUUCUCGGGCCAGUUCUGCGAAGUGGUGAAGGGCCUACCGCUGCCCCUGCCUUUCCCACUGCUGGAGGUGGCCGUGCCCGCGGCCUGUGCCUGCCUCCUCCUCCUCCUCCUGGGCCUUCUCUCAGGGAUCCUGGCAGCCAGGAAGCGCCGCCAGUCAGAGGGCACCUACAGCCCCAGCCAGCAGGAGGUGGCCGGAGCCCGGCUGGAGAUGGACAGUGUCCUCAAGGUGCCGCCAGAGGAGAGACUCAUCUAGGCCUGCCGGCUGCCGGCUCCAGCACCGACGAGGUCCCACGUGAUUUCUACCUGAGGACCCCAGGAGGCCGCGACCGGUGGCUGGCCUCUUCCCGCAGCCACAGGGCCCAGGAUCCCUGCUGGCUGCCCCCGCCUCUGCCCCGCUGCGGACAGGAGAGGGGAGCACUCAGGGAAGCAGACCGGGGCCUGGCAAUGCCGUGGACUUGGCCCCUGGGCCUGCCGGCUCUUGCCUCGGCAAGCACGCAGCUGAGCCGGGGAGAAGCGCACGCGGGCACACACAGUGUGUUCAGGAGUGUGUGUGAGCGCGUCCC